CCUCCAAGCCCUUUUCCUCAGUCUUUCUCUUUUUUUCUUUUUAUUAUUAAAAUAGUUUGUGCAGUUUGUGUCGACACUUCUGUUUAUUACAAUUUCAGGGACAUUGAUGUGUUGCGACGUCUGGUGGAGAAAUUUUUAAGAAAAAUGUCGAGCCCAAGAUCCCAAGGUUCUCCAGCGCGAUCAUACUCCAGCAGGUCCAGCGGCUCCAAGUCCAGGAGUCCAAGUCCAAGAUCAGCGUCUCCAGCUUCAAACGCCUCGAACGCUUCUGUACGCAGCCACCAGAGCAACCACAGCAAUCACAGCAACCACAGCCGCUCCAGCAGAGCAGCUUCUCCAGGAAGCAGACGGUCCUCACCCAAGAGCCGCCACUCAAACUCCAGGUCCAGGUCUAGAUCAAGAUCCAGGUCUGCUUCUGCAGCGAGUAAUAAUUCAAACAAUCGCAGCUCUCGCAGCAGAUCAGCGACUCCCAGGUCCAGGUCAGGAAGUCCCAGGAAUGACCAAGGAAGUCCUGGAAGCAAGAAGUCCAGGUCCAGGUCUAGGUCUGGAUCUAGGUCCAGGUCUGCUUCUCCAGGGAGUAAUAAAGGAGACAGGUCUAGAUCUGGGAGUCCUGGAAGUGCGAAAGGUGAUAGAUCACGUUCAGGAUCACCAGUAAGUGCCAAAAGUGAUAGAUCAAGAUCCGGAUCUCCAGAAAGUCCUAAAAAUAGAUCCAGAUCUGGAUCUCCAGGAAGUCCUAAAAAUAGAUCUAGAUCAGGAUCUCCAGGAAGUCCUAAAAAUAGAUCUAGAUCAGGAUCUCCAGGAAGUCCUAAAAAUAGAUCUAGAUCAGGAUCUCCAGGAAGUCCUAAAAACAGAUCUAGAUCAGGAUCUCCAGGAAGUGUUAAAAAUCAAAGAUCUAGAUCAGGAUCUCCAGAAAGUGUCAAAAAUAGAUCUAGAUCAGGAUCUCCAGGAAGUGUUAAAAAUAGAUCUAGAUCAGGAUCUCCAGAAAGUCCUAAAAAUAGAUCAAGAUCUAGAUCAGGAUCUCCUGGAAGUCCAAAAGAUCAAAGAUCAAGAUCAGGAUCUCCAAGAAGUCCAAAAGAUCAAAGAUCAAGAUCAGGAUCUCCAGUGAGCAAGCCGAGAGGCUCAAAAUCUCCAGAAGGAGAAGCAAAAUCCGGAUAUGACAGCGAUGAAGAAGUCGCUAAGCGAAAACUCGCCGACCUGGAAGCGACUGAGUCGGACGUGGAGGCAAAGAAAGCAAAGCGCCACCGAGCGUUGAUCGACAGCGACUCCGAAGAAGAGACACCAGCGAAGACUGUCAAGCCAACAGCAGAUGCGCUCUUCGGAGACGCUUCGGACAUCAGCUCUGAUGAGGAGAAAAAGUCUCCCAAGUCGAGGUCCAGGUCGAGGUCCAAGUCUAGGUCCAAGUCUAGAUCCAGGUCCAAGUCUAGGUCAAGAUCUAGGUCCAGGUCCAGGUCCAGGAGUCUCAGCCGUGGGCGCAGCGAGGAGCGCCAGGAAGACCCGGAGGACAAGGAGAAGGAAGACGAGCCUGAACCUCCGCCUGAGACCAGGAUUGAUGUCCUCAUUCCGAAGAUUACCACCGACCUUGGCAAGGAAAUUCACUUUGUCAAGCUUCCUAAUUUCUUGUCUGUUGAGACCAGGCCCUUUGACCAUGAGACCUAUGAGGAUGAGAUUGAUGAAGAGGAGACCCUCGAUGAGGAGGGUAGGGCCAGGUUGAAGCUCAAGGUCGAGAAUACUAUCAGGUGGAGGGAAGAGUUUGGGGAGGAUGGCAAACCUGUCAAGGAAAGCAACGCUAGGUUUGUUAGAUGGUCAGAUGGCAGCAUGAGUCUCCACUUAGGUUCAGAAAUCUUCGACGUGUACAAACAGCCGCUGCAGGGCGACCACAACCACCUGUACAUCCGUCAAGGAACCGGUUUGCAAGGUCAAGCGGUCUUUAGGACAAAGUUGACCUUCAGACCGCACUCUACAGAUUCCUUCACCCACAAGAAGAUGACCAUGUCUUUGGCCGACAGGUCCCAGAAGCUUCAGGGAAUAAAAGUGCUCAGCACAGUGGGCCACAACCCGGACCAAAACAGGUACGAGCUCAUUAAAAAGGAAGAGGAAAAGCUCAGGAUGGCGCUGAAGAACCAGGGGAAGACCAAGAAGACUGGCAGUGGCCGAGGUGCUGGCAGGAGUGCCAGCUAUGCUGCUGAUGCCUAUAAUGAUGAUGGUUCUGAUGAUGAAGGCGCUAUUUCGCUGGCUGCUAUUAAGAGCAAACAUAAAAAAGGCGGUGCAGUUGCUACUAAAGUGUCUGCAUCAAAUAUUUACUCGUCGGACGAAGAAGGAUCUGACUUUGAAACAACCAGACCUCGGAAGAGUGUCAAAGGCAAGGUGUUGAAGGAAUCUGAUGAAGAAUCUAAUGCUAGUUCUAAUAGUGGCUCUGAAAGCGGUGGAGAUAAUGAAAAGGCUGAUGCUGAUAGUGAUUAGAUGAACUUAUUUUGUAUCUUACUUAUUAACAUUAACAAUAAAGUUUUUUUUUUUU